AUGGAACCAGAUAAAGCGGUUGAGCUGCACACGAGGGCGAGAGAUAAAUGCCUCAAAUAUGCAGCCGUAAUAGGUGAUAAUGACUCCAGCUCCAUUGCGCAUAUCAAACAAAAAGUAAACCCGGAACUUGUAAAAUAUUCGGACAUCGGCCAUGUAAAAAGAAACGUUAGAUCUAAGUUAGAAAAUGUGCAGAAAUGUCAUAAGGCGCUUACAGCUAAAGUCCGCGACAGCUUUCUAAAAAACUUCACGUAUGCCAUAAAACAAAAUGCAGACAAAAGUGAACGGGAGAUGAUGUGUGCCUUGCAGACGAUCGUGCCACAUAUGUAUGGCGAGCAUGGAAACUGUGGAGAAUGGUGCCGUUCGAGGGGUGGAGCUGAUGCCGGGCACAGAAACCUUCCGUUCGGUGCACCUCUCCAGGACACUCACUUGAAGAUUUCGCUUGAAAAUUUACUAGCGCCAUACAUAAUUAAUGCGGAAAAAUUACGUACUACAGGCAGCUCUCAAGCAAACGAGUCACUCAAUAACGCUGCGUGGAGUAAAACGCCAAAAUCAAGAAAUUAUAAUCGAAGUGAAAGCUUUGAUUAUCGCCUUUCCGCAGCGGUGUUGCAGUUUAAUGAUGGAUACUCGUACAUUAACGAGAUUGUAAAUGAAAAAAUCUUAACGCCACAAAAACACACAGAGAUGUAUUCAAAGAAAAUGGACGAAGAACGCAAACGGCAAAAAAUGUACAAAAGUUCCAUAAAUGCUAAAAGAAGAAGGCUUGAACUUAAAUUUGAAAGAUCAACUAAAGCGAAAAGUGACGAAAUCAAAGAAGGUACAUCAUACGAAUCAUUCUGUGGUUUUGACAGUAGUGAUUUAGACAUACUGGAUAUUCCAGAUAUGAUAACAAAAGCAACUGAUGACAUGGAGAAGAAAAAUAUAAAUAUUGUAUUGUUCGAUUUAGAAACAACCUGUUUAGGGAAAAAUGCGGAGAUACUACAGCUAGCCGCAAAGAGUGAUGACACAUCAUUCAGUUGCUACUUUCUGCCAGAUGGCGAUAUUGAUCCUAAAGCAUCGAACGUCAAUUCGUUGACGGUCAAACGGGACAUAAAUGGAAACCGUUAUUUGUGCAAAAACGGUCGGGAUAUGCAUGCCGGAACUAUUGGCGAUGGUUUGCGUGAUUUUUUAGGCUGGCUUUCUAGUUUAGAUAAAGAAAAUAUUGUUCUCGCUGCACACAAUGGAAAGUCAUUUGACAAUAGAAUACUCUUAAAAUAUCUUAUCAAAUUCAAAAUAUUGCCAAAAUUUAGAGAACUUAUAUAUGGGUUUACUGACACUCUUACAAUUCUAAGAAAAGAAAGACCGGGUUUAAAGUCAUACUCUGUGCAAAAUUUGUAUGAAACGUUUUCCGCCGAUACUUUCAACGCCCAUGAUGCAGAAGCGGACAUUGUUGCGCUUGCGGCCAUACUUGCACAUUUUCAUAUCACCGAAAAGAGAUAA